AUGUCGUCUGCUCUGCUGAACGAGGCCGAGCGCAUUGCGCGCGAAUUUGACUACCCCGCGGAAGAGGUGAAGCGCGGCGUCGAGGAGUACAUCAGGGAAUCAAAUGAAGGCCUGGCAAAGGAGAACGCGACACUGAGCCAAAUUCCCACAUUCGUCACCGCGGUUCCCAAUGGCACAGAAAAGGGUCUCUAUCUCGCAGUCGACUUGGGUGGUACCAACUUCCGUGUCUGCUCUGUUCAGCUCCACGGUGACACUACCUUCUCCCUCACUCAGUCAAAGAUCAUGAUUCCCCGGGAACUCAUGGCCUCCGGAACCUCCAAGGAACUCUUCCUUUUCCUCGCUCGUCAGAUCGAGGCCUUCCUGCGCAUCCACCACAAUGAGCACUUUGAAGCCCACCAGCGCCGCCGCCGCGACGGUAACAAAAUUGAGGACCUGUUCGAUCUGGGCUUCACUUUCAGUUUCCCCGUGCGUCAGUUUGGUAUCAACUCGGGAACUUUGAUUCGUUGGACCAAGGGCUUCAACAUCCCCGAUGCAGUCGGUCAAGAUGUGUGCGCUCUUCUUCAAUCUGCCAUUGAUGAGCUGAACCUACCUGUGCGCGUGGCUGCGCUCGUCAAUGACACCGUUGGCACCCUCAUGGCUCGCUCGUACACUUCUCCUGGCGAGACCGGAACCCUGCUGGGCGCCAUCUUUGGUACCGGUACCAACGGUGCCUACGUUGAGAAGCUUGACAAGGUGACCAAGCUCAAGGACAUGAAGGAUGCGCAAUAUGACACCUCCACCGGGGAGAUGAUCAUCAACGCGGAGUGGGGCAGCUUCGACAACCACAUGAGCGUGCUGCCUGACACUGUGUAUGACCGUGAGCUCGAUGCGGAUAGCAACAACCCUGGUGUGCAGAUGUUCGAGAAGCGCGUCUCGGGCAUGUUCUUGGGUGAGAUCCUGCGCCGCGCUCUGCUGAGCCUGCACAACAACCCCAAAUUCGGUCUCUUCAAGUCCAGCCAGAACUCCAGCGUGUCCAUUCCCUCUGAUUCCCUCUUCUAUCGCCAAUGGGGACUGGAUACCAGCCUUUUGAGUCAGGUGGAGGCUGAUACCAGCAAAGACUUCACUGAAGUCAAGGCCGCGCUGAAGGACCACCUGAACAUCGAGAAGCCUAGCAACGCAGAGUGUCAGGCCGUCAAGACUAUCGUGCACGCCAUCGGCAAGCGUGCUGCCCGACUCAGUGCUGUCGCUAUCGCUGCUGUCUUGAUUCACACCGGCAAGCUUGAGACCGAGAAUAUGGUCGAUGUGGGCGUUGACGGCAGUCUCGUCGAGUUCUACCCCAAAUUCGAGGACUACAUCCGUGAGGCCAUGCGCGAAAUCCCACAGGUCGGAGUUGCGGGCGAAAAGAAGGUUCGCAUCGGUAUCUCUAAGGAUGGUAGUGGUGUCGGUGCCGCCUUGAUCGCCCUUGUUGCUAGCAAGGAUGAUACCAUGAAAAUGCCCACUCAGAAAGAAAACUGA